AUGAAUCGGGAAAUACCAGGGUUCUACUAUGACCCCGAAAAGAAGAAAUACUUCCGCAUCCAAGCAAGCCACAAAGCAGCCCCGGGAGCCCAAUACUCAAAAGAUGCCGUGAAGCGCAAACGAAUCGAGCAGGAGAAAAACGAGCUCAAAGCCCGCCAAACUAAGAAAAUCGCAAAAGAAAAGAUAAAAAAAGCCUCCUUUCUGUAUCAUCCCCUAAUCGGAUGCGACAGAGAAAUCGGGGCGCAAAAUAUCACUCACCCCGUUCGAAAAGAACAUCAGGGGUUGGUGUAUGCGAGCCAGAUGCGGAGACGGGUGUUGCAUCGGUUUGAGCCGUGGCCAGAUGAGUAUUCGAUUAGGCAUGCGUUGAGGAAUAAGCGGUCUGGGGUUUUGGUUGCGGGUGGGCAGCGUGGUGGAGAGUCAUCUGUCUCAAUAUGCUUCCCGGACCUCGACCAGGACCAAUGGUCAUAUAACCGCACAAUGGAGAGAGUUCUCUUCAAAGAGGCAUAUCGACUCUCAUCAAUAUCCCUAAGCCACACCGGCUAUCUCCUCACAACAAUGGACAGCGGCCCAAACGGCGACUCCUUCCUCGCCCCCCGAAUGCUCCCAGACCCCGACGAAGGCGGCGACUACCGCUGGCCCUCAGCUUGUACCCUCCCUUCCCAUUUACCCCUUCAUCCAAGAAAAGAACUAACAGUACCAGUCACCCACCCCAUCCGCAUCCUAACAAGCACAACCUACUGGUCCUCCGCCUCCUGCCCGACGCCAAUAGGUCCAAAACCACUCUUCGCAAUAGGAACCUCCGACGGUCUCCAAAUUCUAACAGGGCAGGGGAGUCAUUGGUCUUUAUCCAAGGCGCCAUUCCCUGACGAUAGAGGACACUGGCGGUCACAGGUGAAUGCUGUCGAGUGGCUCUCGGGUGAUGUCAUUGCGGCUGGAUGUAGGGAUUCUAGUGUGUUUUUGCAUGAUCUUAGGAGUGGAGGGAGUGCGGUUAGGCUAUGGCAUCCGGGUGCUGUUGCGGUGGGGGGUGUUAGGAGGGUUGAUGAGUGGAGGGUUGUUGUGGGGAGUUAUAAUUCGCUGCAAAUGUACGACCUGCGCUAUCCGCCAACUCAUCAACCCAACGCGACCUCGAACCCAAAUCACCGUCCCGGACACAGCAAUAGCAGAAACAAAAACAAGCGCAAGCAUAACCAAACCAACUACAACUCCAGAACCUCAACAAAACCCUACCUCGUCUUACCCGAGUACUCACCACCCUACACCCCCGAAUACGACCUCAGCACCGAAUUAGGGCUGUUGGCCAGUGUAUCUGACGAAGAUAAAAUCCAACUUUUCUCCCUACGUAGCGGUGAGUUAGUUUCGCCAUAUACAUCGCCCGUAUGCAGAUAUGAACACAACAGACCAAUCUCCUCUGUUCGAUUCGAGGACGGAGAUGCCAGCGCCAAAGGCCCGCAGACACCGGGGUUAUUGGUUACGGCGGGGGAUAGGGUGGAUGAAUGGUUGUGGUAG